AUGGGUCAAUGGCAGAAUCUUCCAAAAGAUUUGUUAAAUAUAAUCCAAGAGCUGGUUGUUUCGUAUGCUGAUAAACUUCGAUUUACUUCCGUUUGUAAGUCAUGGAAAUCUGCCUUACCAAGGAUGCCUAACCCUUUCAGACAGCUUCAACUUCCUUGGCUGUUGCUACCAUGUAACGAAACUAGUCAGUCAACUUUUGGACUAUUCAACAUUCUAGAGAAGAAGACUUACUAUCUCGAUUUACCCAAGGCUAAACAGAUGUGGUUUAAAGGAUCAUCCCAUGGUUGGGUGGUUGGUCUUGAGGGUCAUGACGAAAUCUAUCUCAUGAACCCACUCACAAGGGCUAGAAUCCAACUUCCAUCUAGAUCGAAGUUUCCUGAUAUUGCAGAAUAUUGUGCUAGUGACCGUGACAAUGAGUAUGCUAUGUUUAAUUAUAGAUCAGGUCAGAGAUUUGAUACUAAUUUUUCAAGUUACAAAGUCCUAAAUCAUUUAACAGAUAAGUUUUUUCUAUCAUCAAAUCCCAUUUUGUCAGAUGAUUAUAUGGUCGUGGCUAUCUAUGGAGAAUCUAGUAGACUGGCUUAUUUUAAACAUGGAGAUGAUAGAUGGAAUUUUCUUCCUACAAAAGUUGCUUGUUUUUCAGAUGUAACUUUUUAUAAGGGGAAAAUUCUUGCUUUAUGCAACAAUGGAUUACUGCAGAUUGUUGACAUCUAUCCUCAUUUUCGAACACAGGACAUAGCACCACCAUAUCCUGAGGUCAGACAGCCACCAUAUCGUAAGUUUUCAUGUUCUGAACCCUACUUAGUAGAGUCUUCUGGUGGGCUUUUGCUGGUUGAACGACAAGUGAAAGCUUCAAGUGACCCUAAAAGGAUAUAUUCAUACGAAACAGUCAACUUCAAUAUAUUUAAACUUGAUGGUUCGAAGUGGUGUAGAAUUACAGAUAUUGGAGAUGAUGUUUUGUUUAUAGGAUUUAACACUUCGAUGUCAAGAUCAUCCCUAGAAUUUCCUGGAUUAAAGAAGAAUAGUUUAUAUUUCACGGAUAACUUGUUUUGCUAUCACUACGAAGAAAUCCAAGGUGGAUUUGAUAUAGGUGUUUUUGACUUGAAUAGCAACAGCAUUGAGCCAUUACCGGGAUACAAUUGUAAUUCUUAUCUAGUUAGUCCACCACCAAUUUGGGUCAUACCGGCUCCAUAA